UCUGAUUGGCCGCUGCUCGGUGACGUCACCGCGCCGUUCGCGGAAGUGGGGCAAAAGUCACAGCAAGACUUUCUCAGCAGAAACACUAACAACAUGCCUCUUCUGAAGAUGUCAGCGCCUUUGACUUUCGACGGCAGAGUCGUGCUGGUGACCGGAGCCGGGGGAGGUUUGGGGAGGGAAUAUGCGCUGGCGUUCGGUCAGAGAGGAGCCGCUGUCAUCGUCAAUGAUCUGGGAGGAGAUAUUAAAGGAGGUGGCAGGAGCUCAGCAGCCGCUGAUAAAGUGGUGGAGGAGAUCAGAGCUAAAGGAGGCAAAGCCGUGGCUAAUUACGAUUCAGUGGAAGACGGUGAGAAGCUCAUCCAGACGGCGCUGGACGCAUUUGGCCGAAUAGGUGCCGUUUCCAGAAAAGUCUUAGCAUUAAAAAAGCCACGAAACACACCAACCUGCUAAAAGUAGAAUCGCAACAUUACAAACCUGAUUAACACUUUACUUUUACAUUAUACAAAUCUUUUAAUGCAUUAAUUACUC